GGAUCUAAAUUUAAUUGAUUCAAGCCCAUACCAAGACCCGAGUCGGAAGCCAUGUCGAUUCCCGCCUCCAUCAGCUUCAAUUUCUCGAAGCUUUUCAGCCCCCCAAAAAACCUCCAUCUUCUUUCCCAGCAAUGCCCAGUUCCACACCAUAUUCUCCAAUUCCACGUCUUCGGUUGCAGCUCCAAAUCCCCCGACUUUGUACCCUUAAACCUUUCCUUCCGGAAUACUGGACGAGUUCAGAGAUUCAAAUGUACUGCUGGAUCGGAGUCCGUACAAGCUUCUCCAACCUUGCCGAGUGGUGGAGAGGAAGAAGCGAAGCUAGAUGACGGUAACAGUGGAGGAAACGGACGAUUUCCCUCCGGAAAUGGCGGCGGCGGUGAAGGAGAAAAUGAGGGUAACGAUGAUGAAGAUGAGUUUGGACCGAUAAUGAAGUUCGAGGACGUUAUGAGGGAGGUUGAGAAGCGCUGCGCUAAUCUGCCCGAUGAUAUGUUGGAGAUUGCAAAGGCUAUGGGGCUUCGCAGGCUCAUUCUUACUCGGUACUUGGAUUUGCAGGUGAAAGUGUUUCAGAAUUAUACUUUUAUAUGUUACUCUAUGUUUAGCUGGAGAAUCCUUCACAGUUACACCUCUAUGACUUGAUGAUGUCCAGGCUGCAGCUUGGCCUCUCGGAUUUUUAAUGAGAUAUUGCUCAAUGCUAAGGGAUCGAAUGCUAGCGGAUCCUUCUUUUCUAUUCAAAGUUGGAACAGAGAUUGUGAUAGACUCUUGUUGUGCGACUUUUGCUGAAGUUCAAAAAAGAGGAAAGGACUUCUGGGCAGAGUUUGAAUUGUAUGCUGCUGAUCUUUUGGUUGGCAUUGUUGUUGACAUUGCUUUAGUUGGUAUGCUGGCUCCUUAUGUCCGGUUCGGAAAGAAAUCAGUUUCAACUGGAUUGUUUGGACGCCUGCAGCAUGCAUGCGGAUCUCUCCCCAGCAGUGUUUUUGAAGCUGAGAGGCCAGGUUGUAAAUUUUCAUUGCAGCAGCGGGUUGCCACCUACUUUUAUAAGGGAGUGUUGUAUGGCUCAGUUGGAUUCGUGUGCGGCCUCAUUGGUCAAGGAAUAGCAAAUGUGAUUAUGAACGCUAAGAGGAGUAUCAAGAAGUCUGAAGAUGAUAUACCCGUUCCUCCUUUAGUGAAAAGUGCUGCACUGUGGGGUGUUUUCCUCGCGAUAUCUUCCAACACUCGUUACCAAAUCAUAAAUGGAUUGGAACGUGUUGUGGAAGCAUCACCAAUGGCAAAACGGAUUCCGCCUGUUGCGUUGGGCUUCACGGUUGGCAUAAGAUUUGCCAAUAACAUAUAUGGUGGGAUGCAGUUUGUAGAUUGGGCCAAGUUGAGUGGUGUGCAAUAGUGCGUCCGAUUUCUUUGAUAGUAUUACCAUUCUUUCUUAUUUUACGAUUUUAGUUGUUGAUUUGAGACUUGGUUAAGAUCGAGUGCAAUGUCAUCAUCUCUUCUUUCUUCCUAUUUAAUUCUGGAUUUGUGGAUAAAUUGUGUUCUAUGAGAUUGUUGAGUUUAAGAAUUAUGAGGUAUUUCCAUAUUGUUCUUGUAUGCUUGAUACAA